AUGCAGGAAAAAAGCUGCCCAGAAAGUCAGCAGCAUCAGCAGUGCUCGGUGUGUGGCCGUGGCUUUGGCCUUGAGCAGACGAACAAAACCGACAGCGGGUCCAUAUGUUCGUCCUGCCGGGAAGACGGUGGACAGACCCCAGGCGGCGUCAGCGUCGACUCGCACAGCUGCUCGCUGUGUGGCAAAACCUUCAUCUCCCCGGUUCACUUGACCCUCCACCUGGCCUCCCACAAUAAGGAGAGGAGGUUCCAGUGUACCACUUGCGGCAAGUACUUCCACCAGUCUUCCCACCUCAUAGCCCACGAAGCCAUCCACAAAGGCGAAAGGCCCUUUAAAUGUCCUGAGUGCGGCAAGACAUUUGGACGGGCCGCACAUCUCAAGACUCACCGCCGCCUCCACACCGGCGAGAAACCCUUCAAGUGUAACUUCUGCGACAAGGCCUUCACGCAGAAAGCGGGUCUGCUAUCGCAUGUCCGAAUCCACACGAGCGAGCGAACCAACAAAGGCGACGACAAAAUCCAAGAAUCGGGCCAGUGGGUGAAAGCGGCGCCCACGCCUCUGCCCGACUCCCGUUCGGACGACCUCAAGUGUGGCGUUUGCUGCCGCACUUUCAUCCGGUCCUCAUAUAUUAGAUUGCACGUGCGACUUGAGAAAGGGCUACGGCCUUAUCACUGCAAAGUGUGCAACAAGACCUUUGCCAAGUUGGAUACAUUUAUCAACCACUGCAAUAAACAUUUGAGGCAGAAAGGGGAAAAAGACGACGAGGACAGUGUGUUGAAACCGCCAUUGUUUAUCCCUCUCUCAAAGCCGCAACUGCCAGAGGUCUCCCAACAGGUGUCCGAUGAGGUCACUGUGGCCUCAGAAUCCAGCGCAUGUCUUCAUUAG